AGCAGGCACCACAGCUCCAUUCCACCAUGGCCCAGAAGCAAAUUAUCGUUUUGGCCGCCCUUGUGGUCGUCACCCUGGCCAGACCUGAUUAUGUUCCCCCCAGCCCAGUGGAUCCUCCCAGGUACGACUUCAACUACGCUGUGAAUGACUACAACGGCAACGACUUCGGUCACCAAGAAUCACGUGAUGGCUACAACACUGAGGGCAACUAUUACGUUCAGCUUCCCGACGGUCGUCUCGAGAGAGUAAAUUACUACGUCAACGGUGACUCUGGCUUCGUAGCUCAAGUUCAAUUUGAUGGCGAGGCCCAGUACCCCGCCUACCAGCCCUCACCCUCGUAUGGACCCUCACCCUCCUACCAGCCUGAGCCCAGCUAUGGCUAGUCUGACGAAUAGGAAUGUUUGAAAUAUGAGUCAUAUGUUAGCAUUUAGUGGAGUCCUUACAAUAAAGAUACCAAUGGAAAA